CCGCCAGCCCAAUAGACUGAUGAGUUAUUGUCAUGUAAAAAGCGGCAGCGUUCAGACCCACCGCUUUGCUAUUGUCCAAGAGGAAAGAGCCAAGUUUAUUAUGAGGACUAUAUGCUCUAGAGACCUCAGGCAAGGCAGCUCAUAGGAGCCGUUUUUUCAUAAAACCAGGCUCGGCUGCUGGCGGGGAGGCCACUCUGGAAGCGAGAGCGGAGCGGUGAGCAUCUCUCCCCGGCCUCGGCUCUGCCCUCGGCCCCCCUCGGCCAGUCCGAUCCCGCCCCGGCCCCCCGACCCUUGGCUGGGCCAGCUCGAGCCUUUUCAAUGUAUAAAAUGGAAUAUUCCUACCUCAAUUCCUCCGCCUACGAGUCGUGCAUGGCUGGGAUGGACACGUCCAGCCUGGCCUCGGCUUACGCGGACUUCAGCUCGUGCAGCCAAGCCAGCGGCUUCCAGUAUAACCCCAUCAGGACCACUUUCGGGGCCACCUCCGGGUGCCCGUCGCUCACGCCCGGAUCCUGCAGCCUGGGCACCCUUAGGGACCACCAGAGCAGCCCCUACGCGGCAGUCCCCUACAAGCUCUUCACCGACCACGGCGGCCUGAACGAGAAGCGGAAGCAGCGGCGCAUCCGGACCACCUUCACCAGCGCGCAGCUCAAGGAGCUGGAGCGCGUCUUCGCCGAGACGCACUACCCCGACAUCUACACGCGCGAGGAGCUGGCCUUGAAGAUCGACCUCACCGAAGCCCGAGUGCAGGUCUGGUUCCAGAACCGGCGGGCGAAGUUCCGCAAGCAGGAGAGGGCGGCGGCAGCGGCGGCGGCGGCGGCCAAGAACGGCUCCUCGGGGAAGAAGUCGGACUCGUCGCGGGACGAUGAGAGCAAAGAGGCCAAGAGCACCGAUCCGGACAGUACGGGCGGCCCGGGGCCGAACCCCAACCCGGCGCCCAGCUGCGGAGGCGGCGGCCCCAGCCCCGCCGGGGGCCAGGGCGGCGCGGGAGCCGGCGGGCCCGGGCCGGAGGUGGGCAAAGGCGCGGCGCCCGGCGGCUUGGCGGCAGCGGGGCCCGGGCAGGGCUGGGCUCCGGGCCCGGGCUCCAUCGCCUCCAUCCCGGAUUCCUUAGGCGGGCCCUUCGCCAGCGUGCUCUCCUCCCUGCAGAGACCCAACGGCACCAAAGGCACCUUGGUGAAGAGCGGCAUGUUCUGA